AUGGACAAGGAUGUGUACCAGCUCGACAAUCCGGCAGUCGUCACUGUCGAGAUCUCCAACUCCCAAGCCAGCGACGACGAGCUCGCCUAUAAUUCCUGGAGAGACUACCGGCAAGAGGAAGAAAGUGACGGGAAAGAGGAAGAAAGAGGGAAAAACAAUGAGACAAGUGGGUGUAGAAGUAUUGGUGGCCUCCUCACCCAAUGCAAACUCGUUAUGGUUAAGAUUUGUGGUCAUGCUACAUUGGCUGCUUCACACACACUCUUUGAAACUAGUUUGAUCAAUUCGAACAUUGUUGAGUUCCUCACAGUGUCCGGAAUUUUAACUGCCAGAAAGGUUCCAGAAAUCAAGACAUCCAGUGGCUCAACUUCGACUAUUCAGAAUGAUGAAUCACAAGAGAGCUUUUUUAUCGAAUUGGAUUUUCCAACCAUCCCAAUAACUGAUUUCAAUCCUACUGAGUUUUCGUCAAUUUCCAAAGCCCUCAAAUGUGCUUCUGUGAUUGAUAUAAAGAGGACAACUACAGAAGAUGACCUGAUUGUGAUUCUCCCAUCAGGAGAAACUGUUGCAGAACUACAGCCACAAUUUGACGAGAUACGAAAAUGUCCUGGAAGGGGGAUAAUUGUUUCAGGGGCUGCUCCACCAGAGUCUGGAUUUGACUAUUACAGUCGAUUCUUCUGCCGAAAAUUUAGAGUCAAUGAGGUAAAAUAUGUUGGCAUUUGGUCUCAACAUAAUGUUAUUGAAGCAAUAACUUCAGAUUCAUCUCUUUAUUGCAUUAAUAAUAUAUAUAUUCCUGAUUUUGAGAAUGAACACUGA